UCGCUAGGCUCGUGCCCGGCGCAGCGGGAGUCUGUGAAACCGGACCUUUAGACAGCGGUUCCGAUCCAGAUGAAACCGUCUGUCCGAGCAGCCUGAGGGCGCGGAGGCGGAUCCAUGUUCGGUGGGUGACUGGGCUCGGUUCGUUUCUCGCCGUUGACUCAAGGUAGCAGCGGCCGCCACAAUGAGCUCGGAGCCCGGCGGAGAGGACGCCGGCGCGCCGCAGGACAGGCCCGGGAACAGCUCCAACAAAGACGAAGACCCGCGCGUCGACGCCCCGCACGAGGAGCGUGACAUUGCCAGCAGCGUUUGUCCCCCCGCGAGGCGCAGCAGCGAAGAGCGUCCGGGGCGCACAGGCAGGUCUCCGGGGCUCGGGGAGCGGGAGGCACGCGGCACGCCUUCGGCCCCGUCGCAGACAGCGAGCGGCCCGAGCGCGGGUUCGAGUGGCGGCAGCCUGUUUUCCUGGCUGCAGAGAAGGAGUGCCAGGCGGGGGCUCUUUGUGGACCCCGCCAGGGACAAUUUCAGGACAAUGACCAGCCUAUACUGCUCCAUGAAUCCGGCAGCUGAGUCUGUUAACCUGAGUACCCAGACCCACGGAGCCGUGUUCAACCUGGAGUACUCCCCGGACGGCUCUGUGCUUACGGUGGCCUGCGAGCAGACAGAGGUGCUGCUGUUCGACCCCAUCUCAUCGCGGCACAUCAAAACGCUGGCGGAGGCCCACGAGGACUGCGUCAACAACAUCAGGUUCCUGGACAAUCGUUUGUUUGCCACCUGCUCUGACGACACCACCAUCGCGCUGUGGGACCUGCGGAAGCUGAACUCCAAGGUGUGCUCGCUGCACGGACACGCGAGCUGGGUGAAGAACAUCGAGUACGACACUAACACGCGCCUGCUGGUCACCUCUGGCUUCGAUGGCAACGUCAUCACGUGGGACACCAACAGGUUCACAGAGGACGGCUGCCCCCAUAAAAAGUUCUUCCACACUCGCUACCUGAUGAGGAUGCGCCUGACGCCUGACUGCUCCAAGAUGCUCAUCUCCACGUCCUCAGGGUACCUGCUGAUCCUCCAUGAUCUGGACCUCACGCAGUCCCUAGAGGUGGGCAGCUACCGCAUGCUGCGUGCUCGACGAACCCCCCUCACCUCAGACGGAGGGACAUCGGCCGCCAGGUCAGCCGCUCCACGCCAGGGAAACGACUCGAGCAAGAUUCACCCUCACCGAGAAGGCCUUUCUCCCAGGAACAGCCUGGAGGUUCUAACUCCAGAAAUCCCUGGAGAAAGGGACCGAGGGAACUGCAUCACUUCCCUGCAGCUGCAUCCUAAAGGCUGGGCCACGCUCAUCCGCUGCUCCAGCAACAUGGAUGACCAGGAGUGGACCUGUGUGUACGAGUUCCAGGAGGGAGCCCCCACCCGGCCGCUGGUUUCCCCCCGUUGCUCCCUCCGCCUCACCCACUACAUAGAGGAGGCCAACGUGGGGCGGGGCUACAUCAAAGAGCUGUGCUUCAGUCCGGACGGGCGGCUCAUCUGCUCGCCCUACGGCUACGGCGUGCGCCUGCUGGCCUUCGACGAGCGCUGCAGCGAGCUGGCCGACUGCCUGCCCGUGCAGACCAGCUGCCUCAGGGAGGUCCGCUCCAUCUACUCGCACAGCGACGUGGUGCUCACCACCAAGUUCUCCCCGACGCACUGCCAGCUGGCCUCGGGCUGCCUGAGCGGACGCGUGGCCCUCUACCAGCCAAAGUUUUAGGAGGCGGAGCUCUGCAGGCCCGGACUGUGGUUCUGUCAGUCACGCCUUCCGAAAAGACGUCAGACUGGAUCCGUUCUGUGUGCAGGCCGCCAUAGCCUUCAUCAGCAUCACCUGUCUGCAGAACCACAAACUCCAGGAAAGGGAUGCGAGCGCCGUCCUGCGUUUUUCUCCGAGGGUCGCUGGAGGAAACGGAAGACGAUGCCGGUUCUGACGGGCUGCACAGUCCUCUGCACAGGUGCUGCUCAGACUGAAUCUCAGCUCCGCCCACUUUCACAGCUGCAGCAGUGACAGGAGUUCACCUGUUUGCCGCUAUACUGCAUUCAGGAGCUCUCCCCCACCACGGUUCCUGAACGCACCGUGUUAGAACCGGGGACAUUUUUAAAGCGGGAGAGUUCGGAGGCGCAGGAAGUGACUGCAUCAGAUCUGUACAGGUUGGCAGGAGGUGUCAUAACCACGUGUCUCCGGUGGAGCACAGACUGCUGCGGUUCUGUCUGAUGCCAAACCUGCUUACACUCCUACGCUAAAGUGGACUUCCGCUUCUUUGGAAAAACUUUGGGAAGCAUGCUUUAAAGUGUGUGUGGGGGGUGGGGGGUGGGGUCUUCUGCACUGAUGGAGACUACAGGUUCAAAGCUAACUUUCCUGGAGGCCGGAGGCUGUCAGCCAUGAUUUUGUAGUUCCCAUGAUGCACCUGGAGCUGGCAUGUCCUGUUUUUUGUUGCAUCAGCAUCUGCGUUUUAAACAGUCAUUAAAGGAAGCUGCUGCUUUUUUCAUUGAUCUCACAGUUAGAGGAGGGGGGGGGUCUGUAAUGUUCAUCAUCAUGCUUUUAUUUUUGUGGUGCUGUUUUUUAUAUGUUCUCUGUGGGUGUAAUGAGUGCUGCUGUGUUUUGGUGUGUGCACUGAUGAGGACCCCCCAGCAGGGGGGACUCCUCCCCAUCACAGGAAUAAAUGCUCAGCUUCUUUUUGAUUGA